UGUGUUAUGUUCGGCGUUUCAAAUAGACGUUCUCAAAUAUUGAAUGUUUGUGUUAGUUCUCUUCUCUCAGAUUUAUGUCAGGUUUUGAAGCGAUGAAUUAUCUUUAAAUACAUGCACUAAGUGACCACUGACUAGGUAUUUUAGAGGUUACCACAGAUAAAAGGAGAUGGCAUCGUCAACAAUUGCAUGUGUCUAUUGUGGUUUGAUUGAAUACUUUCCUCACCUCUUCUUACAUCCUCCUGCAGGUCGUUUUAUGCUGAGAGGGUGAAAGGAAGCCACCCAGGUGGUGCAUGUGCUCUGUGGCGUUGAAUGAAUUAUUUUCGCCGGAGCUUUUCAGUUUAAAGUAUGACUUCAUCUUAGCUCCUGAUGGGUGUACUGGACAUUUCCAAACCAUCGUCGUACUGUCCCGUGCAGGACACGUAGGAUCACUAAAGCCUGAAUUAUUUCCAUCUCAUAACGUUAAAGCUGGCUCACACACAGCAAUCGUCAAUGGCAACAGCCUUACCCACAAACUCUGACCGGUCACAUAUUGAGUUUGCACAGGGGACAUUUCGACAUGAUGGGAACAGCACAGGUGUAAAAAAAAUAAAAAUACGUUAAGUUCCAAGUUAGUUGUUUCAGAGCUUUGCUUUUUGUCCAUGCUCUCCCCCAGUGACUCUCCAUCCCGGGUGAACCAGAAGUGAGAGCUGGCUUUAUAUAGCCACAAGAGCAGAGAGUCAGGGGGUCAACAGGGGAUAAUGAGGGGGGGGAAGUCUAUGGGCUUUGUAGAUAUCUUGAGAAGCAGCUUGGUUAGAUGUUCUGCUGGACACAGUCUGUGCAUCUUAAUUGUAGCUUGGCUGGACUGUGAAGCUCUCACGAUGAUCAACGAGAAAGAGGAUAAAGGAGAAGAUGUCAGUGAGUGUUGUUGGUCUGGUAGCUUUCCAGGCUUUAUUUAUUAUUGAAAUAAUACAUUGUAUUCUAGCAGCUUUGUAAAAACAUCUUCACUUGAGAAGCUCACUGUUUUCGCGGAGCAGCGUCGGAUCAGCCGAAACCUCGGACGAAGUCACAAAACCCUCGUCACACGAGCGGCUCAGUGGAAACUCGACCUACAUGUGUUCUCAGAAUAGUUUGUCUGAUAUCGUUCUCGCCGCAGAGGGGGAGAUGACCAAGGAGGAUGUUCCGGAGCCCGUUGAGGGAGACACCGUGCUGGGCUGGGCCUCGUCCAGCCAGCGGUCGGUCAUCCACCAGGUGGCCUCGGCACCGAUGCCCAGCGACUGUGAGUUCUCCUUCUUUGACCCCGGCGAGCCGCAGUGCAAAGAGGUUCUUUUGGAUCCCAGCACCACCAUCCCGGAGCUGUUCGCUAUCCUCCGGCAGUGGGUGCCUCAGGUCCAGAAGAACAUCGACCUCAUCGGCAAUGAGAUCCUGAAGAGAGGCUGCGGCGUGAACGACCGGGACGGGCUGACCGACAUGAGCCUCCUGCACUACUGCUGCAAGGCCGGCGCCCCGGGCAUCGGUGACGCAGAGGCGUCCGCCGGCUUUGCCCGCCAGCUGCUUGCCCUGGGCGCAGAUCCCAACCUCCGCUCGCGCUGGACCAACAUGAGGGCCCUGCACUACGCCGCAUACUUUGACGUGCCCCAGCUCAUCCGGGUCGUGUGGCAGGCCUCGCAGCCCGGAGAGGUCGAUGCCACCUGCAGUGACUUUGACUUCGGCACCGCUCUGCACAUCGCGGCGUCCAACCUGUGCAUAUCGGCCGUCACAUGUCUCUUGGAGCUGGGAGCCAACCCUGCCUUUAGAAACGUGAAAGGGCAGUGCCCAGCAGACGUGGUGCCCGACCCCCUCGACAUGCCCCUGGAGACGGCGGAUGUGGCCUCUGUGGCCAAGGAGCUCUGGGCUCUGCUGAGUCAGGCUUUACCCAGACCCAGCUCCCCCCUGCCCCUCACACUGCAAGCCCAAGCCCCCCCUGUUCUCUCCGACAAGGCCAGGAUACAGCUCUCCGCCAUGGGGCUCCGACUGGGGGACCGCGUGGUCAUAGCUGGACAGAAGGUUGGGAGUCUGCGUUUCUGUGGCAGCACGGAGUUCUCUGGAGGCCUCUGGGCCGGAGUGGAGCUGGACAAACCGGAGGGGAAGAACGCCGGCUCGGUCGCCGGGGUUCAGUAUUUCACCUGUGGACUCAAACACGGGAUCUUUGCUCCCCUCUCGAAGAUCAGCAAACCUUUGGAGAGACUUAGCAGCAGGAAGACGUCGACGCCCGUGCGGCCCCCUCGUCGCAGCGGCGCGUCCCGCUUCACCUCCAAGAUGAACGCGGGUGUCCUCUCUCGCUCGCUCUCCUCUUCAUCCUCUUCCCUGGACUCUCGGCAUGCGCCGGGCGCCCGUCCGCUGCCACGGCAACGGCUUCCCGCCAGGCAGCGACGGGAGCGCGCCUCUCUGAGUCCCCGGGCCGCGCCCUCGCCGGCCCUCCGCCUUCAUCCCGACACCGUGGCGCCGACGGCCGCAGGUCAUCGAAGCCGAACCCCUUCAGCUGGUAGCUCUGUGUGUGGGGGCCCUGAGGUGCGCCUGGGGGAGAGGGUGCUGGUGGUGGGCCAGAGAACAGGCGUAGUCCAGUUCUGUGGACAGACCGGCUUCGCUCCAGGGCUCUGGUUGGGGAUCGAGCUGGACACGCCGAGCGGGAAGAACGACGGCUCCGUGGGAGGAGUGCGGUAUUUCCGUUGCUCGCCUAAACACGGCGUGUUUGCUCCCGCCUCUCGCGUUCAGAGGAUCCACGGGUCGGUGGACUGCCUGUCGGAGCUCUCCUCCUCGCGCCUCUCUCCUCCUCUCAGCGGGACAAUCCGUCGCAGUUUCAGCACGUCGACGGGCAUCGCCACCACGAAGGAGACGAGCAGCACGAGGAGUCCUGUUCCCAGAAGAAGUCGCUCCACCCCUCACCGGCGGCGGUGGAGCACCCUCAGCGGCGGCGUCGCCGCAGGGUGCAGCCCCUCGCCCGGCUCCGACGGCCCGGCGUGUCUCCACGUGGGCAUGCAGGUCCUGCUCACCAGCGCCAACGACAUGGCGUUCAUCCGCUACCUGGGCGCGGCCGACUUCUCCCCGGGUCUCUGGCUGGGCCUGGAGCUCCGGAGCGCCACGGGCAAGAACGACGGCUCCGUGGGCGGCCGCCGCUACUUCGCCUGUGGACCGGGCCACGGCGUGCUCGUCCGGCCCAGCCGCGUCACCUACCGGGGCAUCAACGGGGCCCGCUUGGUGAAUGACGACGGCUAAGGACCCCGGGUGGGCGGGGCUAAGGACCCCGGGUGGGCAGGGCUUGGGAGGGAAAUGUUUGUGUUCGUUCAGUCUCAACUUCUCGUUCUUCUUUGCACUGCGUAUUGUUUCUCCUUCAUAAAACAAGUCCUCUAGAAUAUAUCCAUCUUUUAAUAGUUCAAAUUUAAACUACUAGAUUUAUUUUUUGAAAACAUGUCUAAGGCAAAGAAAGCACUUUAAAUUCCUAUAAAACGUGUCUUGGCAGCGUACAGGUGGGAAAAACAGUCUUGAAUAUAUAUAUAUAUAUAAGACAUUUAUUAUAAUAAUAAGGCAAUACUUUUAAUCUGAUUGCACUAAGAAGCUAUAUCCAUCAAUAUGAUGGAUCAGAAUAAGAAAACGUGGACAGUAUGGAUGAGAAACUGUUCCUCAUACCCAAAGCUAAUUUGCUCACAUGCAGUCGAGAUGUUUAUCAGAUCAUUUAGGUGCUAAUGUGGCUUCUAUCUACCAAAAGAGUGCAUGUGAGCGUGCACGCCCGCGUGUGCAUGUGUGUAUCAAUCAAGAGCACUUUGAAAGCAGGGUCGCCGUGCGGCUCACGGAUAAUUAAAGUUACUGUAUUUUCACUUUAUGAAUCAGCGUGAAUUAGGCGGGAUUUAAUUAAGCCGAGAACCCCGCCAACCUCCGUCGCAACGCAGCGGCGCCGAGAGAAGGCGCCGCUCCGCUGCAGCGGUCUCUCCCACAGAGUCGGACUCGGCGCCGUCGCUCUCCUCCCGAUCCGCUAUCUGCUCGGCGAGCUUAGCCCAAAAGAACCUCCUGCAGCGCUGACCGCGCCACGGGCUCCUGCUCCUCCUUUGGCCGGGCGCAGACCGCUAAGCGAUGACCUUCAGGGUCACGGACACACGUUGAGAACACGAGGACUCGGGCGUCUCAGCUUGUGACUGAGCUGGCCCGUUAUAGAUUACUACCACCUGGAUUUUGGAAAAAUCCAAAUGCGUGUGAUACCAGCCCCGACCGUGUGCGUCGGGACCAGGUGGUAUCGUGUUGAGGACCGCACUUCAAAGCGGGGCUGAUUGUAUUUGAUGCUUAAUUUGACACGCGUCUUCAUCCCGGAGCUUCAAGGGUCUCGUUUGUCUUGUGACUCGAGGUCGUCUGGGCGGCUCGGCAUCGAUCCUGCACGGGGGGGGGGGGGGGGGCUGAACUGACCCAGCAUUCAGCAAAACACUCGUGUACCGUCCAAUUAAGGCGCGUCGGCCACAAGCAGCCGUAGAAUCUCCAGCGGCCUCCUCAUUGAUCGGCGCGGCGUGAUUGAAAAGCUGCGGCGGUCAGAGCCCGAGGCGGUCAGAGCCGACGGAGUCUUUCCCAAUCCAAAACAUUCCUGCUUUAAAGACGCACGCCUCUUCCCAUUCGCAUUCAGCCCGUCUCCGUGGUAACUCCUGCGAUAUCUGCCGGCGUUCCACAUUCCUGCGCUCCGCGCUGGAUGAACCGGCCUCGUGUCGGUGCGUGUGGCGGGAGAGUCUGUGUUCUCAUGGGUUAUCGGGUGGGUCUUUUGUUUUUCAUGAAAUCCCUAAAAUGUAUAUUUGAAGUGUGGGAGAAAGAGAUUUAGUCUGAUGCAUUUACGUGUCGUGGAAAAUAAAUAUUUGUUGAAAAAAUAUGUUUAAAAAAAAGGCGAAUAAAAGAUUAUAUUCUAAUUUGA